AUGACUUCCUCCGUGUUUUUCAAGUUCAAGUCCCAAAAGGAGCCGUCACGUGUCGAAUUUGAUGGCACUGGUAUUUCAGUUUUCGAACUCAAACGUGACAUAAUCGUAAAGAGUGGCCUAGGUGAUGGAACGGACUUCGAUCUAGCUAUCUAUUCUGAAGACGGAAGUGAAGAAUACGACGAUGACACAACUAUUAUACCUCGAUCUACUACAGUUGUUGCUCGCCGACUUCCGCCUCAGAAACCCGGCGCAGGUCGAGCUGCUCGUUAUGUUUCGGGAAAGAUGCCAGCGAGCGCAAAGAACUCGUCACGACGCGAGAACGCGACUAAGGUGGCCAAGCCCGCCACCAUUGGACUUUCACAGAUGAGCGCAGCAAUGACCGAAGAAGAGAAGAUGAUGGCCAUGUUCCAAGCUCAAUCAGACCAGUGGACUGCCCAACAAGAGGAGAUGUCUCAUCAAACUGCAGUAUACAAACCAGGCGCAAAGAAGCCUGCCAAUGUCCCUGAUCAUGAACCCCCAAAUGGCUACAUCUGCUAUCGAUGCGGACAGAAGGGACAUUGGAUUCAAGUCUGUCCUACUAACGACAACCCUGAAUUUGACAACCGUCCUCGUGUUAAACGAACUACAGGAAUCCCUCGUUCGUUCCUAAAGACUGUAGACAAGUCAGCACUCCAGCAGACUGGUACAGACGGCGAGGAGGUUAAGCCACCGGCUGGUGUCAUGGUUAAUGCAGAUGGUGAAUUCGUGAUCGCAGAGCCUGACAAGGCUUCAUGGGAGCAGUACCAGGCAAAGACAAAGUCGUCGUCAGCUGCUCAGAAAGCAGCAUCUGCUGGGGAUAAGGAUCUUGAAGAGAAAGGCCUAUUUAUGGUGCCUAAUAUGAUGCAAUACCCAAUGAACUCUAUGAAUGGCUUUGGCCAGCCUAAUAUGAACAAUAUGAAUAUGGCUAUGAUGAUGGGCAUGAACCCCAUGAUGAACCCCAUGAUGGGUAUGAAUGGAAUGAUGAACCCGGCAGCUUUCCAAGGCAUGAAUGGCAACGGCAUGUUUGGAGGAAACUUUGGAGGCAUGAACGAGCCAUCAACCACACAGGCCCACUUUACGACGCCGAACAAUGACAACGAUGCCUACUUCCGUAAGCCUGUGAACCCAGGACGACACCAAAACAAACAACGCCGAGUUCGUCCCAGUGACUAUAGGGAGUUAUAA